AUGUCCCUAUAUCAACACUGUCCCUUCCCACCUCCAUCACUGUCUCCUAAUCACCACCUCCAACACAGUGUCCUAUCACCACCUCCAAUCACUUGUGCGCCUAUCACACAGCCUUGCAAACUUCCUAUCACCACUCCAUCACCUGUCCCUAUCACACCUCAACACUGUCCGCAUCACCACCACCAUCCUGAUGUCCCUGAGCACACCUCCACACUGUCCUACCACCCUCCAAUGCACUUCCCUAUCGGCCACCUCCAAAACACUGUGUUCCCGGAUCACACCUCCAUCACUUCCCUAUCACCACCUCCAACACUGCCCUAUUCACCACUCUCAUCACUGUCCCUAUCACCACCCCUCCAUCACUUGUCCCUAUCACCAACCUCCAUCACUGUCCCUAUCACCACUCCAACACUGUCCCUAUCACCACCUCCAUCACCUGUCCCUACAUUCACCACUCAACACUGUCCCCUAUCACCACCUCCAUCAUCUGUCCCUAUCACCACCUCCAACACUGUCCCUAUUCACCACCUCCAUCACUGUCCCUAUCACCACCUCCAACACUGUCCCUAUCACCCCUCCAUCACUUGUCCCUUCACACCCCACCUCCUAUCAACCACAUUGUUCCUAUCACCACCUCCAACACUGUCCCUAUCACCACCUCCAACACUAACUCUCCAAUCACAGCCUCACCCUCGCUGCCACAUUCUCUACUACCUUUUCCUCCUCCCUUAA